AUGGCCCCGGCCGUCGACUCGACAGCGCCGUUCCAUCGCUCCCAGUCCACCCCAGACCUGCUGUCCUCGCUGACCACACCCGCCCCGAGCCUGGCCGGUUCCCGCAGCGAUCACCGUACCUUGAGCCUCAAGAGCCUGCCGAGCUUGCCGGCAUUCGACGUGCCGUCCUUUGAUCUCGACAAUGACUUCGAGACGACCUUCCUGAGCAGCAAGGCCGCCCAGAACCUGCAAGUCCAGGAGGCGCCCGUCUCUUCUCCGGCCGCCGAGACGGGCCCGGCGCUCGCCAGCACCCCAGAGAAGCCGAGCCGGACCAUGUCCGUGGUGGAUCGCCGAAAGUCCUGGCUCCCAGGCUCGCGGUCCAGCCCCAACUUCAGAGAUCUGCUCGCAGGGGAGGAACAUGCUUUGCGGGAGGCUGGCGAGCCUGCCGAGUCGAUAUCGUUGGGCAGGGCAUACCAGGCCAAGGCUUUGGAAAAGACGAGGGCCGUGUCUGGGUCCUUUGCGAGCUUCGCCAGGCGGACGUGGAAGUCCGAUUCUAGGUCCCCAUCACCGAGACGGAGGAAGGAUAGGGACGACAGCCCGGGACAGCAGCGGCGAGAUCGGUCUGCCAGUGGUGGUUCUCCUGGACCCAAAGGCCUAUUCUCCCGCAAGCGCAUUGGCCCUCUGCCCGACCCUGGCGAUGAGAGCAGCCGCUCGACCGACUCGCUCACCAGUAGCACCGGCCGCGCUCUCAACCGGGCCAGCGUAUACCUGACCAAGCUUAAGGAGCGACCGCAGAGUAUGCUUAUAAGCAGGACCUUUUCCAGCUCGCCAGCAGUGCCGGAGAACCACAGCGAGCCCGAAAAGCAUGACGCGCCAGUGCUGCCCGCCCUCGAGGCUCUCUCAGACCUGGCCAACCCGCCGCGGAACUCGUCACACACUGAGGAGUCGUCGGGGAGCAGUGUCGACAGCGGCUCUGGCAGCACGGCUCCUGUCGCGUCUGAGACUGGAUCGCAGACCACGGCCGAGACGAAUCCCUCACAUGGGGCAUCCAGAGACCCUCUCUGGACGGCAUUCAAGGAUCUGGAGGAUGGCUACGCCACAUUCGCAUCAAAAACGACCACAGCCCAAAAAGUAGCCGUCGCUCGAACAUCCCUGUUCUUUUUCCUGCAGCAGUAUGCCCUCGACACGACACACAAGGUGAAGAAGCUCCUCUCGACACAGGACUUGGAGCGCCGGACCGGCAUCUACGACAAAUGGUGGAAUGGCCUACUGGACCUGCUUGAGGGGCCCAUCAACAGCGUUGGCGGCUUCACUGGCAAUUCGGCGUCCAUCCAGCACAUGCAGCCACUGGCAGGUGUCGAGCGGCCAGCCAUCCUCGAGGCGCUGACCAUGGUCAUGAUGCGGCCGGAGUGGCGCAUGUGCACGACCGUCUUCCGCCCCCUGACUGAGCGGUCACCGGCCGAGCGCGUCCGGCCCCGGUCCAGCUCAAACGACUCCGGAUCCUUCGGAGCGGCCAACCUGGCCUUCUUGGCCGAGUCUGCAGAACACAACAUCCGCAACAUGUUUGUGGCCAACCUGCUCCGACAGAUGAUCGUCGUGGUGGACAAGAUGUCUCUGCGGCACACUCCCUCGUCCCUCGUCAACUUUGCGGGCAAGGCCUGCGCUUACGCAUUCUUUUUCGUCCCGGGUAUCGCAGACGUGCUGGUGCGCCUGUGGGCCCUGGACCGGCACCCCGACUCGUUGCGACGCAUGGCCGACGCCUUUGGCCUGCCGCGGCGGAGCAAGGGCGAGAGCGACGACAUCAUAGCGCUCUUCCCGCCCACCGUCGGCCCGCUGGGCUGGACGUCUGUCCAGGCCAUGACGAGUCGGCUACGGCGGCCGGCGAAGCUGCCGCUCCAGGUCGCCAAGAUCCAGUGGCACGGUCCCUGGAUGUCGAGGUGGCGCGGCGGAGAUACCGAUCUCUUCUUUGUCUUUUGCAAGUACUAUUUCAUUCUGGCCGACGAUUUCAUGCCCGCCGAGCUACCCCUGGUCGAGAAGGCCCGGGCGCCGGCCUUUGUACUACUCCACGCCCACCUCUUGAACAUUCUGGAUAGCACUAUCCACCGCCAGGCCGCGGUGGAGGCCAUGAUGGGCCCGCAGAUGGCGGACGCCGCGCACGGUGCCGACGCGUCGCUGACGACGCUGCCUGCCAUGCUGCCCAGCAACAUCCUCCGGGGCAUGGACGAGAACCGCAUGGUUCUCCUGCUCAAGGAUUUCCUCUCGCUGGACGAGGCCGUCGUCGGCGGCGCCGGCCACACCUUUGCCGAGUCCUUCAUGACCGUGCUGGGUGCCGUGACGAAAAGGAUCUCCAAGUACGACCACAGCGCGAGCUACCUCUUGUGCGACUUCCUCCAGGAGACGCUGAUCGCGUACGAUUCGUAUUACGGCUACACCUUCCCCAUGCCGGGAGCGGCCGACGCCGAGUCGAAGCCCGUCGACUACGUGGACUGGACGUUUUGGUUCGGCGUGUGCAGGAUGAUCCUCGACUCUAACAACACCAUGUCGGAAAUUCGACUGUUGACUUUUCUCUUCGGCGGGUGGGACAUCAUCGCGGCCGACCCGGCGAGGAAGGAGGAGCUGUGCAUCAACUGGCUGCUGAGCGAGGAGGUCUUUGAGAAGUUCUUCAACAACUGGUGCCCGAUGGUGCGGGCGUACUACAUGCGCCUGCUCUGCUGGAGGGUCUGCCGAGACCCCGGCAGCGCCAACGAGCUGGACGCGAGGAUCUUCCUGCUCGUCUCGGAGCGCCUGGGGACGGUGUGGUCGCACUACCUCUGGCUCAAGCAGAACGCGGACAACCAGGGCGCGAUGCCGCCUUCGACGGCGCCCUCGCUGCCGCAGCCGGGCAAGCGGUUCAUGAUCAUCCGCACCGAGGUCGGGGUGCCGCAGCACGGGCUCCUCGCCGGCUUCGACCAGACGUCGUGCGCCAUGGGCCGGUCCGCGGCCAUUAGCCCCCGCGAGCAGCAGCACUUUGCCGGGCUGGGCAUCUCGGACGACGGCGGCGGCAAGGACUCGGAGAACGGCGGCUCGUACAAGAAGAAGUGGUCCCUCCUGGGCAAGGCCCUCAGCUUCAGCUCCGCCAAGCCCAGCGGCGGCGGCACAGCCACCAGCGCGAAGCCUACCACCUACGAGGAGGAGUUGGAAAAGGCCCGCAGGGACACGGCGGCCUCGCGGACGCGGCAGCCGGGCCAGCAGGUCUCGUCGGGGGCCCCGCUGCCGCCACCCAAGUCGGCCGUGUCGCCCGUCUCGGACGCGUCGUCGACGGGGUCGUCGCCCGUCUUUGACGCCGCGCAGUUCGUGUUCAAGUUCAUCCUGCACAACGUGCCGUGGCAGGGCGCGCUGCGGGACCGCAUCCUCACGCGCCCCCGGCUGCCGGCGCCGGCGCAGGCCCGCGUCAGCGCCCGCGGACCGGGGCGGGGUAGGAGCGACAGCCCGCCUCCGCCGCCGCCGGGCUUGCCGCCCAUCACGCGCAGGCACUCGGGGCACAUGCUCACUGGCCUGAUCAGCGGGGCUAGGAAUGCCAACCCGGCGGACUCGGUCUCUGAUGACGACGGGAGGAGCAGCCUGUCGUCGUCGUCGAGGGCGAGCGUCGGGUCGCGGUCCGUCAGCGACGGGUCUGUCUCGUCGUCGCGCGGGACUACUACUUCGUUCGGGGCGGAUGUCUUGGGAGGAGGAGGAGGAGAGGACGACGAAGCGAGGCGGUUCUCGCCGCUGCAGCCCUCGCCGGCGAUCUGGGACAUGGACAGCGAGCGCGAGGCGCGGGAUCGGCAGCAGCAGCAGCAGGUCGGCAGCAGCGUCGGCGUCAUCCGGCCCGUCAAGCCGGCGGGCAUCUACGCGACGAGCUCGCGGUACGCGGGGCGGGCGCUGGCCGAGUGGAGCCUCGUCGUCAACGAGUGCAACUCGUUUAUCGACCGGCGGCGGGACGAGGGCGUGCUGGGCCUCAGCGAGGUCGAGGUGCCGACGCUCGGGGUGGAGAACAUGCGGAGGCUGAACUGA